AUGUCCGAGUUUCUAACUGUUCGGCAUGAUUACGCAAGCUUUCAGCAGGGGCUCAGGGAUCUUAAUAAGCAGGCAGCAUCGAAGCCUACUCUGCAAUCUACCAGCAAGCUAAAGCAGCCCACCGACAGCUUGGUACAAGAGAUAAUCGUACGAGUACAAGCAAUCGCGAGCAAAUCGUUGCUGCGCCCGAAGAGCCCACCGGUGAGGAUUAAGAAUCGCUCCGAACAGGAAUCCCUUGAGUGGGCUCGGCUCAUAAGACGCCAGGAAGCGGAAAUCGAUGCACUAGGCCGGCAGCUAGCGGACCAAGAGCGUAAGAUUGCUGCCGGAAAAGAUCAACGCUGUAAACUGCAGGUACGAAGUGAGCGUGAGAUGGACGAACAACUGUACGCUUCGCAGUCACAACUGGUGGAUCUACGGAUCGCAGGAGAUGGUCGAAUACGGAGACUACAGACGCAGCUUGAAAACGAACCAGACUACCACACCAUGCCCACCUAUCUGGCCAGCCGGAAUCAGGUUGAUCAGGACCGGAAGCGCAUCACGAGGCUGCUGGUACAGUUGCAGCUGUGGAUCAAGAAGUACGAUAAACUCAUCGGUGAACCGAUGGGUGAACUGGAGACGCUGGAGCAGCAGAUGUCGGGAAUGGGGGAGUGGUGCGAGUCGGUGCUAGAACCGCAGACGGAGCUACUGCGUGAGUUACAGGAGCAAGUGGACAGGUAUGAGGCGGCGGCACUGGAAGAAAGGAUCGGAGAAAUGAGAAAGGUGCAUGCUGUUCGUGUCCUGCAGCGUGCUUGGAAGCGCACACUCGAAAAGAAACGAUCACAGAAGGCCAAGAAGGGAGGGAAGAAGGGGAAAAAGCCGAAGUGAUAAGGGGAACGAUAGGAGCAUCCGUAAUUUAGUAACCUCAGCUGAGAAGUAAAUUUUAAAUUAAUGUCCUAGCGACAAACGAUUCAAAUCAAAGUCCGAAAAACGUAGCCUGCUGUUUUGUUACUGUCCUAUGCUUAUACCACGUUGCUUCUACGCAAGAACGGUUGCUACCGGUAACCGUCGGUUUAGC